AUGGAUAUGGGAAUCACCGCUGUGAUAACUACGUCAAAGGCGGUCCUCGAGACAGCGCAAAUGUGGAUUCUCAGCCUCCUCAUAUCCAGCUUUGUGGCUCAGCCGAGGGCAGCUCAUGAAACAUGCAGUUCCAGCUCCUUGGGGCACACCAUCUUCGAAACGUCACGUAUGGACCACGUGCGAUCCCGGUCGAAAGGACGAAACACAGUGAAGAGACGAAGAGGCAGCACACCUGCUACGAACAACCACGAGAACAGUGGCUCUGCACAGUUUGCGACCACCAAUCGAAGGCUAAAGAUCAUUGCUGAUUCCAAGAGACCCACGUGGCAUGACGCAAAGGUUGUGAGACCAUCGUAA